AUGGAGAGAAGACAGAACCUUACACCUUUUAGGGCCAGGAUUGGUUGGCAACAGCCUCCAUGCCGUUUCUUCUUUUUCAUCUUGACCUUCUGCAUGGUCCAGCUAUUCGGAACCCUGCUGGUUCGAGCUCAGUUCCAGGAAGGUAAGCUAACUGAGGGGGUUAUAAAGCAGAUUUUGAACAUCCCCUCGAUUAGAUUUCUCUUCCCCACACAAGACAGGCAGGCUGGCGUCGCCUGUCACGAGCUGCCCGCGGGGUCAACGCCUCCCCUAUUCUACCACAUUUAUGGAUCCUCUCUUUUAUGAAAACAAAGUUUGUAUCAUGAGUUCAUCUUGAUCCAUUGCAGGGUUCAUAAGCAUCGACUGCGGCUUGGUUGGUGGCUCGGACUAUGGAGACCACGACAAUGGCUUACAAUACACCGGCGACUCUCGAUACAUCGACACGGGAGAGAACAAGAACGUCUCUGAGAACAGAUUUGCUCGGCGCUAUGGAACUCUCCGUAGCUUCCCUAACGGGACUCGGAACUGUUAUAGGCUGUCGCCGGUACAAUCCGGCAACAAGUACCUGAUUCGAGCCAUUUUCACUUAUGGCAACUACGACGGCAAAAACUCCUCCCCCACCUUCGAUCUCCAUAUCGGGGUCAAUUUCUGGACCACCGUCACAAUAGGAUCCGACCCUGAUCUCGUCUCCGAGAUCAUCACGGUGUCGCGGGGGAAUGUCAUACAGGUGUGCCUGGUCAACACGGGGAAGGGCACGCCCUUCAUAUCGGUGCUCCUGCUGAGGCCCCUCGAUGUCAUGUAUCCUUUCGCCAACGCGUCUCAAUCCUUGGACAUGUAUCGUCGCUCGAAUUACGGAGCCGAAAGGGAAUUAAGGUAUUGUUCAGCUUGAUUUACCCCCCUUGGAUUCACUAAACGCAGGACCGGCAUGUAUUAAGGUGACGCAUACAAUCAAGCAGCGGCCUCUUGGGGCGCCUUCCUCACUUGGCACCUCCUGCGGUUACACCCUCAAGGAAGACCCUCAAGAAUGGAGACGCAUACAAUCAAGCUGUGGCCUCAAGAACAUACCUCCUGCGGCUACACCGACAAAAAAAAAAAGAAGAAAAAAACAGUAAUCAACUUGAUUAAUUGAGUAGCGUUAACCUCGCAGGUAUCCGGAUGACCCUUACGACCGCAUCUGGACAAAUGUCACCGAGGAUUUCCUCCUACUGAACACCACAAGCGAAGUGGAUGUGAAAGAAGAUGACGCCUUUCGGGUGCCCUCGAAAGUUCUCCAAACGGCCGUGUCUGACACAAGAACCGACUAUAAUAUGACCAUUCAGGCGGUCAGGGGGAGUCCAGGUGAGAGGAUUUACGUCGUCAUGCACUUUGCAGAGCUCCUGAAACUAAAUUCUCCUAACGAAUCGAGGCAAAUGGACAUCAAAGGAUUGGACGGAAAUGUGCGCCUGUUUGAAAACUACAGCCCUCCCUAUCUGAGAGUAGACCAUAUAGAGAUUGCAAACGUUGCUCUUGACGCUUCGGGAUCUUACAACGUCUCCAUCUAUGCCUCAAGCUCGUCCACAUGCUCGUUCACGAUCAACGCCCUGGAGAGUUUUAUUGUGAGGCCAAUGAAUGAGUCAGAGACUGAUGAUCAUGAUGGUGAGAAGAGCUCCUGCAUAUAAUUUCCCACUUCACUUUUCGUUAUUUCACUUUUAAUUUAUUGUUUUGCUCAUCGUCAGUGCCUCAUUUAACCUCAAUUAAGUAAAACAUCAUCAUCACCUGAAUGCACCAACUUUACAGACCGACAAAAACGUGUUUGCGCGUCCUGAAUUCAGCCUUUUCCCAGCAACUGGCAUGCUGAUGUCUCGUCUCAUCUUACUCCCUUGUAUUCCUGAUGUCUUACCCUUCAGUGUGUGCUCCUCUCUGACGAAAAGAAUGCUUUUUUGUGCACCAGUUUCUGCCAUUGAAGACAUCAAAAGAGCAUUCAAACUGUCGAGAAACUGGGAGGCGGAUCCUUGCUCUCCAAGAAACUAUACCUGGCAGGGGGUGAGCUGCAACUACAGUGGAGACUCCGGACCUGCGAGGAUCAUCUCUCUGUGAGUCUAGUUAACACAUCAGGAGGUAUUUUUAGGUCACGUUUAUUUUUUCAAGAAUUAACAUCUAGAAAGAAAGUGAUUCAAGCUGAUACGAUAGAUGCUAAACUUUCAUUUUCAAGAAAACCCUGGAAAAUUAUGAUUUUAGCGCAGAUUACCUAGACUUGUUGACUUUCUUCCUCCGAAAUAUUAUUUCUUUGCAUACAUUCUAGUAAGAUACCUGGAGCUUUCAAAGGGGUAAAAACCUGUACUAAACUGGUUUCAUUUGGGAACUUCAUUAUUGGUCACAUGGUUUAUUAUUUGAAUCAUGCAGGGACUUAUCAUCAAGCAAUUUGGAUGGCCCGAUUCCUACAUCGAUUGGUAACUUGACAGCGCUGGUGACCUUGUAAGCAUUAAUUUUCCUCAUCAAAUAAGUAUAAUGAAAUUCUUUAUUGAUAUUUAUGUGGUAUGCUUAACAUGUAAAUCAUGCUGAAGAAGCUAUAAAAACUGUCAUCAAAUUUGCUGAAUAAGUACAUUCAGCCAUGUAACGUAAACUGUAACAACUGACAUAACCCAUCCCCUUUCAGAGAUUUGUCAAAUAACAAUUUGACGGGACCAGUACCAGAUAUUUUGGGGGAGUUACAAUCUCUGCAGUUACUGUAAGCUUCCUUGUCAACCUUAUGCAGUAAUUGAUAACAACUUCUAUGUUUUAUACCAUCUUAAAGAAAACUUUUAUGCGCUCUUGUAGAAACCUGUCUAGAAAUGAAGCCAUUGGAGCCAUCCCUCAAAAUCUAUGUGAGAAAAUGUUCAAAGGUGCUAUCUCGUUGAGGUUAGUAAAUACACCAAUCAAUCAUUUUCAAUGUGAUUACUGUCUAGGAACCUAAUGCAUAAAACUGUCAAUAAUGAGAAAUAACUACACAACGUCCAUUUUUUGUCACAUGUAUUUUCAAUCAUACAAGGAUCACCUAGGUUGUGUAUAAUGAAUAAUAUUAUAUAUUCUAGUUACUUCAAAUUGAAAAGUUAUAUGUACUAUCUGCUAUAGAUUUUAUGAUUUCAUCUAAUUAAGCUUGGCAAUUAAAAUCAUUAUCAAUCUAUUAUGUUUAUGAAUGUCAAUUUCUUUAAGAGAUAAUCUUUCCCUAUUAUUCCUUUUCAGUGAUAGUAUUUAUGGUGACCCAAAGCAAUGUGAGAGUUUGAAAAGCAACAAGAGGAAGAAGAUUAUUAUUACUAUAAUAAUAGUCGCAUCAAUAAUCAGUACAAUGUUGUUCGCCAUAUCAGUUUUUUUAAUCAAAAGGAAGAGGAAAGCAUACACUUAUGGAGGUAUGUUGAAGUAUAUUUUCUUUUUAUGUAUACAAAAUUGUAGGCAACCAAAUAACUCAAUUAGUUAAGAAUUAUUUAUUUUAAUAUUUAUAUACUCUUCAGGUUUCUCAAAUAAACAAAACAAGAAUGCUUGGAAGAGUGCAGGAAGAGAUGACAAUGCUUGGAAAAGAGAAAGUGUGCAAUUUACACACUCAGAUAUUAUUCAAAUUACACAAAACUUUCAGUAUCAGAUUGGUAAAGGGGGUUUUGGGACUGUUUAUCUUGGUAACUUGAAUGAUGGGACUAACGUUGCAGUAAAGGUUCUUUCCUCAUCAUCAUUACAAGGAUCUAAGGAAUUUGAAGCAGAGGUAACUGAAAAAAAUAAAUUAUCUAAAAUAUUUUAUUUUUAAAAAUAUUAUCAUCUACAUACAUCAAUAUAAAAAUAAAAAUUUUAUUUAAUAAGCUUCUCAUAUUUCAGGUUUUACUGCUUGGAAGAGUGCAUCACAAAAAUCUAGUGUGCUUAUUGGGAUAUUGUGCUGACUCACGACAUUUAUCACUUGUUUAUGAAUACAUGGACAAUAAAACCCUCAAAGAUCACUUGUCAGGUCUUACUUUUCAAAUUUCCUUAAUUCUCAAUUUAGUAGAAUCAAUUGACAGUCUUUAGUAAUAUAUGCAUUUUCUCAUAUACACUUUAAAUGCAUCAUCAACAUAGGAUAUGAUUUCCAUGGCUGAUAUUCUUAUUUUAGGAAUUCAUGAUGCCAGUCUUUUAAAUUGGAACCAAAGAGUGAAUAUAGCACUUCAAUCUGCACAAGGUACCUUUGUCUAUACAUCCAUGACUUGACUUCAAAUUAAGUCAUUAAAAUGGAUUCUUAUAUUACCAUUGUUGAAACAAUUACAGGGCUAGAUUAUCUACAUAAUGGAUGUCAACCACCUAUUAUUCAUAGAGAUAUUAAAAGCAGUAACAUUCUUUUAAAUUGUGAACUUGUUGCAAAGUUAGCUGAUUUUGGACUAUCAAGAACAUUCAAUACUGAUUCCGCUACACACAUAACAACUAGGUUUGGUGGUACUCCAGGAUAUCUUGCUCCUGAGUAAGUACCCCUCUCUAUUGUUGUGCAUCUCAAUAUUAUAUAUUUAAUACAUAUUUUUUGUCAACUUGUGAUAAAAUACUAAUAAAUACUUAUGUAAUGAACUUCUUUCUAUUAAUUUAGGUACUUUCAAAAUGAUAUAAUAAAUCAAAAAGGUGAUGUAUAUAGUUUUGGGAUUGUUCUUUUGGAGAUUAUAACAGGUCAACCACUGUAUCAAAACUCCAUGGAGAAGACACAUAUUGUCAAGUGGAUUCAUUCAAAAGUUCAAAAUGGUGACAUCAAUAAUAUUAUCGAUCCUAAGUUACAAGGAGAUUUUGACAUCAAUAUGGCAUGGAAAGUAGUAGAAAUAGCAAUGUCAUGUACGUCAACAACUCUAGAAGAAAGGAUGACAAUGACUGAUGUGAUGGUACAAUUAAAGGAAUGUUUAGAUGUGAAGGAAUCACAUAGUGUGGUCGGAGACAUCUAGUCUUUUAUUCAAAGUUCAAAUGGUACAUUUGUGUUUGGAUCAGCUACUCCUACAAUUUUAUUAUGUGGGUAG